UAUAAAGCUUAGUCUACUAUAGGCCUAUAUGUAACUUUAAGAUUAUCACAUGCUAAAUCUUUAUUCUAGUACGGAAAUCCAGAUCCACCACAUAAAGUGUUUCUGAAAAGCAGACUGAAAUCCGCCUCUCGUUUUGAACUUGAGUGUAGUAAAUAAAUAGUUUUGACCCACCGCAUGCAUGAAAACCAGAAGAGCAGUCUGUAACUCACUGUUUAUGUGCUUAAAGGGCUGUUGGGGCAAUUACAGUUUAUCAUAAAGGUUUACUAUUUUAGCACUUGAUCUCAUUUUCGUUACCUUGUUGCUUUUUGGUUUUGUAUAUAGGCUACGUGGCUCACAAGGCUUUGCGGCUAAGCGGCGAUGUCAGCGUUAACGAAGUCAGUGGUCGUAAACAUUAUGCUGUUCACGUGAAAUUCUGCUUUUAUUAGUUUAUAUUCAAAAACGACGGAUCGGGUUUAUGUAGAUUUGACUUUAAAAGAAUCUAGCUGCUUGAAAAAGAUAUGGGACACAAGGGUUACGUGCACACAGGGGGAGGAGUCAUCGGUGCUCGUUGCGAUUUAAUUGGCUGUUAGCGCACACUGAGUUGUAUAGUUAUCAGUAAUUAUAUUCAGCAUGUUUUGCACAAGAAAUGUCAUCCAGAAAGGGCAAUCUUCUUCCACCGUCAAAUUAUACCACAAAGAUGUCAUGCUCCGAUAGUCCAUCUGGAAAUUCGUUUCUGGUAGACUCCCUGAUCCACGGAAGGGCCGAGGGAAGUGGACACUACUACCAACACAGCGGAGUCUACUUGCAGCCGAGCUCCGAGUAUUCUUACGGACUUUCUAACUGUGGCUAUUUUUCUGGACUCAAACGGAACGAGAGCAAUUCGCAAAAUGUAGUACCUACGUGUGGACCAUAUCAAGGCAUGGAAACAUGGCUGGAGACGUCGAGGUCCUGUCGCAUUGAACAGCCUAACAACCAAAUUACCCCACGGUCGUUCUCGCCCACCAUAAAAGAGGAAAUCUCUUACUGCUUAUACGAGUCUGAGAAGUGUCCAAAAGACACCAUUACAGAGGACAUAUCGUACUCCCGGCUGACACCAAACUCGUGUCCAUCUAGCAACAAUAACGGCUGUGUUCCGGUACCUGGUUACUUCCGUUUAUCUCAGACAUGCACCACAUCUAAAGGUUUUCCAGACAACCAGUCGACUCAUGCUGCUGCUCAGCGCUCUACCCGAUUUGACAGCUCUCUUUCAGCCAUAGGAGGAGAAGCGAGCAGGGAGGAGAACGACGAGCCUCCCACAUGCGCACCAUGUGCCCCGGCAAGAAACAAGGAGCUAAGGGGGUCCACUGGCACCGCUUCAUCUCCCGAACCGCCGGACAGCCCGGAGAAGGCGGUCACUGUUACAAAAGCAGGAGAUUCCAAAAGUGACAAUACAGCUAACUGGCUGAUGGCGAAGAGUGGUCGUAAGAAGCGUUGUCCCUACACCAAACACCAGACUCUAGAGCUGGAGAAAGAGUUCCUCUUCAACAUGUACUUGACACGAGAGCGUCGCCUCGAGAUCAGCCGCAGCGUUCACCUCACGGACAGACAAGUCAAAAUCUGGUUCCAGAACCGACGGAUGAAGCUGAAGAAGAUGAGUCGAGAAAACCGAAUCCGAGAGUUGUCGGCCAACUUCAGUUUUUCAUGAAGCCUCCUCGCAUUAUAGAUCUCUGGCGCCCUCCUCCAUCAGCUGCAGUGGUAGCCUACAACAACCCGUCUCCGUAGGUGUGUGUGUGUGCAUAUGUGACUCGUGCAAGAUACUAUUGAUAACUUAUUGUGUGUCGUAUACUGUUGACGUUUUUAUCUGUUUAUGUAUCAU